AUGCCUCUACAAAAUAUCAAGCCUCACCGUACUAUCGAUUCCACCCCCUCUGGCAUCCCGUCAAGCUACCUCACUACCACCUCUGUUAACAAGAUCGACACAAUCGAACAAUUCAAAGCAGACGUGGUACGGGUUGUCACGAAUAACACUCCAGGCGAUCACCUGUAUACACAUGUGCCUCCACAGUGGGGAACAGAGUGCUUUAAAGAGAUAGAUGAGCUAUACUUCUGCCGUAAAACGUGGAAUAGCGUCGAAUUCACCCUGCGAAUUAAGACGAUGCCUGUGCAGGUGCAUGACUCCCACCAUGGGUGGAUUGCAUGUUCGAGGGAGGAUUGGAGGGCACUGAAUUUGUUCACGCUAGCGGAAAGCCGCCUCUGCUCUCCUAACGUUGGUACAACCAUUGAGUAUGCAUCAGGGCCGUUAAUGGGAUCAAAAAAAGAACCUGAUCUGCUUUUUGUCGUAGAUCGACAAAUGUAUCCGACAUUUGCGAUCGAAGCAGGUUGGUCGGAGUCUACCCCCCGCCUUAUUCACGAUAAAGACCUCCUCUUGAAUGGUGCUCAGGGAGAUACCCAGGUGGUUAUCACGAUUAAAUGGAGAAAGAAUAUCCGCAACCAGGUUUCGGGAAGUCUGAAGGUAUGGCGGUGGGGGCAAGCUACCUCGCUCGAGAUGACCAUCUUUCCUCGGCCUGCAAAUGGCCAUCUAGACGUCAUCGAUCUAACUCGCGGCGAAGUUUUUGGCCGGUCUAUCUUGCCUGGACGCAAUCCCAGCGAUAUUCUUCCCCUACAAUUGGAUGACUUACGAAGUUUGGCCGCGGAUAGGCUGGCUAUUAUGGGUUUGACACACACCUAA